AUGUCUGCUUUCAAUCCUUUUCGUCGGAAUCUGGACGGCGGUGCUGCCACUGCCACGCCUCCGAUAUCAGCUUCGGCAGCUCAAUCUACGAAUAACUCGUCCUCGAAUCUGGCCUCGAAUCUAACGUCCAAUCCUCCCCAGCCUCAGGUUCUUCCUUCGCAGUUGCCUGAUGACUACCCCAGAAAGUCGUCGUUAUCACUGGAGAUUCAGGAGGAGGAUGACUCGACCUCCUCAGAUGAACAAACAGCAGACCCAUUCAAUCCGGUUUCAUCUGUUAGCGACAAUGAAGACGAUCAAAAACCCCAGAACUUCAAGAGCUCAGCUCCGGGCGAUCACCCCCGAGCUUCCUUUGGGUCUACUCCACACCCAGCUCCAUCCACGGAUGGAUCUACCACUUCCCCAUCCGAAGCUCCAUUAGCGACAAACGAAUAUUAUAAACAGUCUACAUCCAGCCUUACAGAGUCGAGUUCAGAUGAAGAUACUUCAUCAGCGGUGAAUCGGUCGGUCGGAGACUCUCAACAUUAUAAACAAAGCGCGCGACUCUCUAGCUCUGGCAAUAAGGACAAGAAGCCUCCGCCGCCGCCUAAGAGUCAUCAUGGCAAACGCAUAAAUGCUAAAAGCACUCCAGCUAUGGUAUCUGCUCAAUCGAUACCUUCUCGACCAACUCACCGCUCCUCUUUUCAUUCUUCAUCCCCGGAAAGCUUUACAUCGUCGCACAAAGCAAGCACACCUAAUGCCAGCUCGGCCCAACGACUAGCUCCCGAUUAUUUCGCCAUUCAGUCAGAAAACCAAGCUGCAGUGGCCUCGAAUGGGUCACUGUCACGCAGCGACUCCCAGCAUAAGCGCCCGCCAACACCGCCUCUCAGUCGACGGCAUAGCCAGAUGCACAGGUCCAAAUCUACUCAGUCCAAAUCGAGUGCCAGCCGAUUGACCUUGUCCUCGGUGGAUUCAGAAAGCAAUGAUAGUUCACAACCACCGAGUCCCGGUCCAUCUACUAGGUCCGGGGCUUCGUCUCUUUCUAGAGAUCGAAAACGUGUUAGCAUGCCUCCUCCCUCUUCUGGGGAUUUUCACCCUACCAUUUCCUCGGCUGGAAUAUCAGACCAUCUCUCACCUCCAAACAGUUCUCAGACGUCAUUGCCUGGACGACGGGCUUCGUCCUAUGGGAACUUAGCUACCGGUUCUUCCUAUGUAGCACCACCUCCCCCUCCCCCUCCUCGCCGAGCACGCGACUCCAGCGCCCGUAGUCAUGAAGGCAGGCCUGUGUCUCAGAUGAUCACUACUCAGGAGGAGCCAUUGCCUCAACCCUCUAAUGCUAUUGAUAUAUUGGCCGAUCUUUCACGUUUACAGAAGGAGGUGGAUGACCUUCGCGGACACUAUGAAAGUCGCAAAGUCAGCGAGUAA